AUGACACCAAAUAAGGCCUCGCGAUUGCCCGGAAGUUUCUCUCCAAUAGUGCAACCACCGUUAGAUUCACGAUCAAACUUUUAUCAGAUUGAGACCUCGAAUCCAGAUGACUCUGCAGGACAAAAAAAUCAGAUCCCACAACUGAGCCCUAAAACAUCAUUAAGUAGCACUCCAGCUGCUUCUGUUCAAGUGCAUGGCCCCCGUCCUCUCUAUACACUCUCUCAAGGAAAUAGCAGCUCUAGUAGCCUCCAGAACUAUAAUUUUUCGCGCCCAUCAUCUCACAGCGGCACUACUCGUCCGGAGCCUGCAUCUCGCCACAUACCCACUGUGGUAGGAACCACAUCCAAAUCUUCCAAUGGAGAGUUCGCUCGAAAUGGUAGAUUACACUCUUCUACACAAGGAAGUUUCGAGGCCUACCUUCCCACCGCGGCGAAUGGAAAUCUAAGUAGUAUGGUAAAUUCUAAUACUGGGCUUACCGCGAGUCAAAUAGCGGCUCAAGCUGCCAUGCAACAUCAAACACACAUGCGGCAGCGCUCUCAAACAGCACCUACACCUCAAAUUGAUAACGCAAAUCGUCGACCAUCGAUUCGGGGGCCAUCUAACCCACCAAUGCUAAGCCUCACUGAGGCAUCAGGACCUUGCGAGAGUGGGCUUGAGGGUCAAAUAUUUAAAGAUAAUCUUGGGGAAACCACUGGAAAUGUUGCUCAAACAGCCGCUAAUGUAGUAUUUUCGAAACCAUCUAUUUCGUCACCCAGCCACUUGCCCAGUGAAUAUCUAGCGGAGAGAGAGAGGGAAAAAGAAAAACCUGCGAAGAGUGAAAAGAGCAAGGUAAAACUUUUCUCGAGACCUGGAAAAGGAACAAACUCAAAAGAAAAAGAAAAAGAGACUAAAGUUGGAGCGUUACCGAGUCCAAAUAAAAUGGCCUUCACUUCUUUACAGCGAGGAAACUUUAGUAAUAUCUCUAUCAAUGACAACCAAUCUUCUUCUUCAUCUAUAUAUUCCCUGGCAAAUUCAUCCCUGGCCACAAUUCGACCACUAGAAGUAGAAGAGAAAAAGAUGGAAAAAGAAAAAGAUAAGCCCAAGCAUCAUUUUCUUAGUAGACAAAAACAUAAACUUACCUCGAAAGAUGACCAUAAUUUGCCACUAAGUUCUGCUGCGUCCAAUUCUAAGCCUGUUGACCCUAACGCUCCAACCAGCCUUUAUAAUUUUAAUCUGCCCCUCAGCCCUUCUGCUAGCACUACAUCCUUCGCAAAAAGCAUGUCUGGUCUUGAUCUCCGUCAUGGUGGUCGGGCUCUCCGUGAAAAGAAAAAAGAUAAGGAAGAAAAGUUUGAGAGCUCGCUAAGAGAAGCUGAAGGUUUUCACCAAGCAAAUCAAGGCGAAUGGCCCGGGCCUUCAAGCCUAGGAUCUGGCGGCGGUGCCACAUCUUUUCUUGCAGCCAGCAGUAUCAAUUACGCCUCCUCAAUCUGCGGUUAUGAUGCAUCAGCCGAGAUAGUCAAGAAUGGACUUGAUAGAUUAGGAGCUGAAGACGCGUGGCCAUUCUUAAGGACAAAGUUAUUGGCCGUCUUUGAAGGUGAGGAUAUAAGGUUGCCGGUAGAGGAUUUUAAUCGAAUUUUGAUGCUGCACAUACAAUCAACGCAUCGUAAACGAUGCUCAACAAAGGUUUUGAUUGAUGAGCUACAGGAUCUUUCACAUAGCGGAUUUUCGUUGCUAGAACAAAAUCUACGCCGUACGCCUGAAGAACGUCUCAUUUCUCAGCUUGUAGAUGUGUGGCUUUUUACAUUUACAGUCGUCCUUCCCUUCAUGCAAGCUGUUUUUCUGCCGCUUGACCUUGAGCUUUCCAAUAACCCAACUAUCAGCCAUGAAGAUAGUAGCGAUCAGGGACUCGAUAACGUCCGAAGUGUAGUUUUGCGCUCCUUCCGGGACACUAUUAUUCUUUCCCGCUUUGAGACAUUAAAAAACCUCUUUUCAAGAUUAAGUUUAGAGAAUAUCUCGUGUAGCACUUCUGAACAAAAUAAUCCUUCAGGUUCUGCAGAAUUCCCUAUCCGUCGACCUAGCACGGCAAUAUCACUAGAGCCAAGUAGUGCUAGCUACAGCUCUCAGGCUACGACACUACUCGAUUCCAUGCUGCAGACGGGGCGAAACCGUGCAUUGAGUAAUGUUAGUACCCAUCUCAGUGCCGAAUUACCAGGCUUAAACAACUACAGUGGCUUUCGUGCCCGAGAGCGUGAGCGUGAUAAUGACCGCACAGUUGAGGACAGUGGGCGUCUACUUACCGAAACAGUCGGUCGCAUGUUGCAAUGUGUUGGUGUAUUAAAUUCAGUAUACGGAGGCAACAACAUGAGUAAUGAUUCUGCGGAAAUCGAAGCUAAAAUGGGAGAGUUAGUCAGGUGCUUCAAACUAAAUUGGCUAGGUCGAGGACGCACGGGACGUAAUCGCAAGGGACUCGUAGGUGCAAAAGCAAGAGCUCCUGUACUAGGUUUAGCUGCAGCAAUUGAGGCAUAA